AUGGAUUCAAUUGAGUACUGGACGCAAGACAUGAGUGUCUCGUGGGAUGAGUUGUGUCCACCACUGAAGGCACUGGAGGCCAGAGUGUCACUCAUUGUCUCAAACUAUGCGCUUCAUUGGAUCGACGAUAAGAGCCAACUGGUGGCAGUAAUGCACCGGUUAUUGACUGAGCAAGGUGGUCUCAUCGUAGCGCGAAUUCUAGCUAUGCCUCAUUUGAACGCAUUUCUAAUGGACGCCCAAAUGACUGAAUACAAUACACGGGGAAAGACAUUCUCGACGGAACAACAUCUGGAUAUUUGGCGGACAGUAUGUGAGGGAAAGGGGCUUGAGGUUAAGCUGUUAGUGAAAAGCGAUGCAAAGUGGGUGUACGGCAGGCAAGACAUGAUUGAUUUCUGCCCUAUAAUAGCAUCACUUUCUCGCAAAGUUUUUGGCAUAAGUGGUCCGAAACUGGAGUUCAUAACUGGCGUGACGUACGACCGCUACAUCCGUCCCGACGCCCAUCGACUCAAUCCUAACGCUUGGACUCAAUUCCUGGACAACCACUCCAUACAAAAAGUUGUUUUAAAUUUACAUGAAUUGCUCUUAAUUUGUAUUAAACCCUAAUAUAGAAAUGCAAAAUUCAUUUAACAAAAUUAACCUGGUAGAAUUAACUAUAAUUAAUGUUAAAUUUGUUUAAAG